GUUUGGAACUCGCCAAUGGAAGCUAAUAUAUUUGACAACAUUUUGGGUAAUAUUUUACAGAAGGUGAAAGAGAUAGAUAAUCUCUGGGAUCAUUUGUUCUCGUUCAUGAGGAGAAAUACUGAUUUCUUUGAUAGUCCAGAGGAAGCAAAAAGUUGCAUUUUUGAACAGUUCGACAAACAUCUCCAGAAGUUUCAAAGCAAUAUCAAAAAAGAGCAUUUAGCUAGUGUGAAAAAGGAAGAAAAUAAACUUCAAAUUGUUUCAUCUGUAUUGCCAAAUACUGAGAACUGUAAAGUUGAAGAAUUUUUUGAGAAGGUACCUCUGAGAUCUAUUCCCUCUCAAAAUGUAGACAGCCAAGAGUCAGAAGUCGUUCAAAAUUCUGAUGUAGCCAGUAAAGAAGAAUCAGAUGUGACUCUUCUGGUCGGGAAUUGACUACAAACUGAUACAUAUUCUUUUACCCAGACCUUAUCGGAUCUGACUUUAAAUGUGUUUAUCCCUCAAGAUACUAAGGCGAGAGACUUAGAAGUAAUCUACACUUCUAAUUCUCUAAGAGUUGGUUUAAAAGGACAAGUUCCCAUUUUCGAAAGAGAAUUGUUUGGUAAAAUUGUUACUAGCGAAACUCUGUGGAGUAUUGAGUCCUGUGGCACUCAAAAAUCAAUAGUCAUAACCUUAGAAAAGACAGAUAAAAUGUGUUGGUGGGGGUCAGUCAUCAUUGGAGGAGACUGAAUUGACAAAGACAAAAUUGAACCUGAAAACUCCAAACAUUCUGAUCUUGAUUAGGAUACUAGACAAGUUGAAGAGAAAUUAAAAUUUGAUCAAGAACAGAAGCAGAGAGGACUUCCAACAAGCUAAGAGAUUAUGAAGAAACAACAGUUAGAACAUUUUAUGAAGAAGCACCCAGAAAUAGAUUUUUCUAAGGCAAAAUUUUGUUAAGGGUUAUGAAAAAUAAAAGGAUCUUGA